CAUCCACCGCAAGUGGCUCUCUCUCUUUUCCCCUUGUUUUCUCUUCACCGCACCGCAAAGCAAACCCUCCCUCUCUUCUUUUCUCCCCGCCGACUUCUUUGUAAGUAGAUCUGCGAUCCGAUCCAAUCCGGCCGGCGAUCCCGCGCGGCGCGGCGGUGGGCGACCAGCCAUGGACUCUUCUUCCUCGUCGACCGCGUCGUCGUCGCAGGCGCAGCCGGACUUUGAUUACCUAUUCAAGCUCCUCCUCAUCGGCGACUCCGGCGUGGGGAAGAGCAGUCUCCUCCUCCGAUUCACAUCCGACUCCUUCGAGGACCUAUCCCCGACCAUCGGCGUCGACUUCAAGGUCAAGAUGGUCAACAUUGCCGGCAAGAAGCUCAAGCUCGCCGUCUGGGACACCGCUGGACAGGAAAGAUUCAGGACCUUGACCAGCUCGUACUACAGAGGGGCGCAAGGGAUCAUUAUGGUGUACGAUGUUACGCGCCGAGAAACAUUCACGAAUCUGUCUGACAUAUGGGCCAAGGAAAUUGACCUGUAUUCGACCAAUCAAGACUGUAUAAAGAUGCUUGUCGGAAACAAAGUGGACAAGGAAAGCGAGAGGGCCGUCACAAAGAAGGAAGGCAUUGACUUUGCCAGGGAGUACGGAUGUCUAUUUCUGGAAUGCAGCGCGAAGACCAAGGUGAACGUGGAGCAGUGCUUUGAGGAGCUCGUGCUGAAGAUAUUGGACACGCCGAGCCUGUUGGCGGAUGCAUCCUCUGGGGCGAAGAAGAACAUCUUCAAGCAGAAGGCACCAGAGGCUGAUGCUGCGGCGAGCGGCUGCUGUUGAUUUCAGUCACGCUAGCUAAUCCCGGACAUCUAUCUUUGUGGAGGAUGGAUGAAAACGUUUGUUUGACAUCUAAGCAGCUCGUUUGUGUCGUUUUCUUUUGCUUGUGUUGCUGUAUAUGAAUCAAUCAGUCAGUCAGUCAGUCAAUGCUCCUCAUGUUGAAUCACAAAACAAAACAGAGUACCUUGGCAGCUUUCAGCUCUCUAUAUAAUGUACGUAUUAUUAAGAAAAGCUCUAUACAUUUACUCACGAGGAAUCAAUCUAUUUGUGCUGAAA